UUAUAUAUAUAUAAAUUAUAUACAUAUAUUUUCAGAUACAACAUGAAGCUCUCCAUUGCUCUAGGUUUACUACUGGCAGCUGUCUGCACCAAUGCCUCUUACGGCAAAUGUUGGGGUAAAGGCUGUGGUGGAUAUGGUGGCGGAUAUGGAGGGCUAGGCGGAUGGGGAGGUGGAUAUGGAGGCCUAGGAUGGGGUCUAGGAGGUGGAUAUGGAGGAUGGGGUCUAGGAGGUGGAUAUGGAGGAUGGGGCAAAGGAGGAGGAUAUGGAGGAUGGGGUCUAGGAGGUGGAUAUGGAGGAUGGGGACUAGGAGGUGGAUAUGGAGGAUGGGGACUAGGAGGUGGAUAUGGAGGAUGGGGCAAAGGAGGUGGAUAUGGAGGAUGGGGCCUAGGAGGUGGAUAUGGAGGAUGGGGCCUAGGAGGUGGAUAUGGAGGAUGGGGCCUAGGAGGUGGAUAUGGAGGAUGGGGCAAAGGAGGUGGAUAUGGAGGUGUUUUACUUAAAGGAAAAAGAUCAUACUACUAAAUUCAGGAAAUCUUGUUCUGUACUAUUUCAGAAGGCAAAAUGGACACAAAUUUAAGUUUAAUCUUCAUAUCAAUACAUGUAGAUAUCUAGCAAAUAAAAAAUAGCCGGCUAAA